AUGGAGGCGCUCGAUCCUCUGGAGACGGACUGCUUCCCAGGAGGAUGCAGCUGGCUGUGGAAGGCGCGGCGGCACACACGAGGUGAGAGCCACGCGCAGGAGACCGACGCAGGGCCAGAGCCGCAAAAGACAACGCUGGAGUGUGACGAAGAUGGGGUGCCCUGGUUUCGGCGAACCAACACCUGCUUCGAGAAGGAUGGCGAGCCCUUCGUUUCGCACUUCUUCACCGACAAGGAUCUUGAGGGCCAAGUGUACAAGCGCGGGAAGAGCCACUUCGAGGACGCCAUAGGCGUUUAUCCUCCGAGAACGUUCGACCGGCGCUUGACGACCAACAUUUGGCAGUCGACGCUGGCAGCCUCCAUGCUGGAAGCCGGGCUGCGCCUCACUGCGCUCAUGGCGCGUGAGAUUUGGUCGCGUCGGGAGCGUUAA